UUGACUUAAAAUGUCAAGUUCUUUAUUAAUUUUUCCUAAAAUAACUAUUGAUGUAAACCAAAAUUCGGUGUGAAGAUAAUUUUAUAAAAAAAGGAAAAAUAUAAAACCCAUUAAAAAAAACAGCAACAAAAAGAUUGAAUGCAAUGAGGAAAGCUUCUAACGAAUUUAAAUCUUUACAAAAAGUCCGAUUUCGAGAGACAUAUGAGGUUAGCAGAAGUCUCCUUAAUAUUAAGAAAAGUUUAUCAAUUCCGGUAUUUUCUAGAAUGUAGCAACAAACUUUGCCCUGACUUCUUCAGAGCCUUCUUGGGCCCAACACUGGAUGAAACGAUUAUAUUUGUUAUCCAAAAUGCAAUUAAAAUAACGAAUGGAACCCAUAAAAUAAACUUGUGCUGCAAGAAUGCAAAAUCUAUUCUACGACAUAAUAGUGGAGAUUACUACGGUGCACGUCCAAAAAAAAUCGAAUUUUUGUUUAAAAAUAGCAAUAGCAACACACAGCCAAUCGAGAGCACCCGUACAUUAGCAGAUAAUUUUGGCAUGAUAAGGGAACGCGACGUUAGUGAGGAUGGUAUAUGUAAUGGACAGACCCCCAGAACAAAGACAUGAACCAUUAACCGUAGUGAUUUUUCCGGGUACUCAGUUAUCCGGGGAUCUCUAGUA